ACCGGGGUAAAAACAGUUUAUUCUAGUGCUAAGUGCAAGCCCAGUGGCAGCUCGUUACUCAAACUUUAGUGAAGUGCCUAAGCAGUGCGAUUAAAAAGUUUCAGAGUUCUGUCGGAUCUGCUAGCGUCGGCGCUCAAGUGCAGCGAAAGUUAAUUCAAUCCAUCCUACAAUGAAAGUGCUGGCCCUAUUUGCCCUCUCCACCAUCUGCUUGGUCAGUGCGGUACCAGUGGAUCCGUCCAUCCCGUCGGCGGCUGAGAUCGAACCCAGUGCAAACAAGAAGACCGAAAAGCGAGGAAUAGGCUACGGAUAUGGACUGACCGGAUUGGGUUAUGACAGCCCGCUCGGUUACACGGCCAGUGGUUAUCACACGACUGGUUACCAUCCGGUUGGUUACGUUGCCCCGGUUGCCACUACCACUGUGUUCAAGGCCGGCUACACGGGAAUUCCAACGGCCCACGUUGGUACCGGUUAUGGCGGACUUGAUGCAUACGGUAAAUAUGGUUACCAUGGCUUCUAUCCCGGCUACAGUACUGGCUAUGGGGCAUUAGGGUACGGUACUCUUCCGGCUGCCACCAGCUAUGCCAAAGUUGUCCAACCGGCUACCACUUCGUACAGUAAAGUAGUUCAGACUUAUCCACACUACGGUACGGCAGCGCUCGGAUACUCUGGACUAGCCGGUUACCAUGGAGGCUACUUGUACUAGGAUUCGGAUUGCUCGAAAACGCUCCCGCCAUUCUGUAGAUAGUGUUACUUUUUAUUUAUGUAUAACUUGACUAUGAGCAUGUAAACUGUGGAUGCAAAUGUGAUGACAAACUGUAUUUUGAACAAUAAUAAAAUUCAAAUGGGUUU